GAUACCAUCGCUGCUUUCUCGCCGAUGACAAAAACGCACCCAAACCUCUCUCCUCCGGCCACUUCACUACUCUCUCUCUUAAAACCCUGUCUCUCUCCUAUCUACUCUCUCUCUCGCUCUCUCUCUCUCCAUGGAUAUCGACUUCACAGAGUAUCGCUUGAGCCGUGAACUUCGAGGUCACGAAGAUGACGUUCGUGGUAUAUGCGUUUGUGGGAGUGUUGGGAUUGCUACUUCGUCGAGAGACAGAACAGUUAGGUUUUGGUCAUUAGAUCCAUCGAAUGGAAACUUCACCACCUCGAAGUUACUUUUGGGGCAUACUAGUUUUGUGGGACCACUGGCUUGGGUUCCACCGAAUGAGGAGUUUCCAGAAGGUGGGAUUGUGUCUGGUGGAAGGGACACUCUUGUUUUGGUUUGGGACUUGAGAACCGGUGAGGCAGCGCAGACUUUGAAGGCUCAUCAAUUGCAGGUCACUGGCAUUGCGUUGGAUGGCUCCGACAUUGUGUCGGCAUCUAUGGAUUGUACAUUAAGACGGUGGAGAAAAGGUCAACCCAUUGAGUCUUGGGAGGCUCAUAAGGCAGCCAUUCAAGCUGUUAUAAAGUUAGUUUCAGGCGAGCUUGUUACAGGUUCAAGUGACACAACUCUAAAGCUUUGGAAAGGAAGGACAUGUGUGCAUACUUUUGUUGGGCAUACAGACACUGUUAGAAGCUUGGCUGUGAUGCCUGAUUUGGGAAUUCUCUCAGCAUCUCAUGAUGGUUCCAUCAGGUUAUGGGCACUUACUGGUCAAGUUUUAAUGGAGAUGGUUGGUCACACUUCUAUUGUCUAUUCUGUCGAUUCACAUGUUUCUGGGCUUGUUGUCAGUGGCAGUGAGGAUCGUUUUGUGAAGAUAUGGAAAGAUGGAGUUUGUGUCCAAUGUAUAGAGCAUCCUGGUUGUGUUUGGGAUGUCAAAUUCUUGGAGAAUGGUGAUAUUGUGACUGCAUGUUCUGAUGGUGUUGUGCGUAUUUGGACAAUACAUCAGGAUAAGAUUGCUAACUCGUCCGAGCUUGAAUCCUUUGCUUCUCAACUUUCUUAUUACAAGUGUAGCAGGAAGAGGGUUGGAGGAUUGAAAUUGGAAGAAUUACCAGGGCUAGAGGCUUUGCAGGUUCCAGGAACAAGAGAUGGCCAGACAAAGGUUGUAAGAGAAGGGGACAAUGGUGUAGCAUAUUCAUGGAAUAUGAAGGAGCAGCAGUGGGAUAAGGUAUUUCCUUCAUUUUAUUAUCUUUUCAGCCCUUCGUCUCAUGUUGAUGCCCAAUCUACGCCAACUCAACCUCCAAAUCCAAAGCAAAAAAGGGUGACGAAGGCCCAGCCAAAGGCAAAGGUGACUCAGGUUGACACUGGGGAUACUUUGCCAAUUUCAAAAUUGGCUCCAAGUGAGAAAACCACCUUCAUCCCCGAGAAGAGGUCUACUGAAACAUAUCCUGCCGAAUCCGCCAGAUCAAAGAGGCCGAGGUCGUUUACUGCAACCACCUCGAGGUCCUCAAAGCACGAUGCUCCCUGGGCCCCCCAAAUCACACUGGAGGAUAAGCCAAUUAGGGCUAGCGAUAGUGCCGACGACAUCAACGUCGGCGUUGCCCUUAAUACCGCUCUGCUUCUUCCCGGCGAUCUCAACCGGAACGCCGAGCUGAGCGAAUAUGAAAACUAUGCUCUGAUGCCGAAGAAAAUGCGGAUUCUGCUGAGGCCAUCAAGAAGUGUAAGCGUUUCAUAUUGCCGAAGUGCUUUCUUAUAA